UUCCAGAAUCUCAUGGAUACACCUAUAUGUUAACCUGCAUCGAUCGCUUCACACGAUGGCCUGAAGCAGUACCCAUCAAGGAUAUAUCUGCUGAAACUGUCGCACGCGUCUUUGUAGAGAGAUGGAUCGCAAACUUUGGAUGCCCAUCUUCCAUAACAACUGAUCGUGGGCGGCAAUUCGAAAGCGGUUUAUUCUUCGCUUUGACUAAAAUCCUUGGUUGCAUGCGUUUUCGAACGACAGCCUACCAUCCUCAAGCGAAUGGUAUGGUAGAACGUCUACACAGACAGUUGAAAGCUGGUUUAUCAGCUGCAAAUAACACCCACUGGACUGAAUCCCUUCCGUUAGUUCUCCUAGGGAUACGAAACGCCUUAAAAACCGAUGCUGGUUGUACUACCUCUGAGCUAGUAUAUGGCACAACACUACGACUGCCAGGUGAGUUUGUUUCUCCCUCGAGCUUCCCACCAGUAGUAGAUCACUCCUCAUACGUCAGCAGGCUUACAAACGCUAUGCGUUCAGUUAAACCUGCUCCCCUCCGACCACAGUCCAUUGAUGUUUUUGUUCACCCUUGUUUAAAAACUUCUUCACAUGUAUUUGUUCGUCGCGACUCGGUACGUCGUCCUCUAGAACCCCCGUAUGACGGACCAUAUAAAGUGAUUAAACGUAUGGAUAAAUUCUUCGUUUUAGACAAAAAAGGCCGCGAAGACACCGUCAGUAUCGACCGUCUGAAACCAGCUUACUUGGAAGGUAACCCCAUUAGCCUGGAGCUAAACGUACCCGAUAAUUCACAAGUUAUUGAAUCUACUUCAGUCUUCGAAGAACUCCCUAGCACGGCGAAAGCCACCGAAACUUCGGUCGAUAACUCUAAGAAAACGCGUUCUGGACGUCACGUUAGAUUUCCAGAAUACCUUCACACCUAUCUCACAUAACUGAGUGACACAUCAAUUUUUUUUAUGUUGCGUCAUUUAACACAAGUAAAUGAUAUUUCUCCUAUAACCGUACAUAAAAUUAAAUUAGAGGUAUAUUUUUUUUCCCCGAUAUUUUGCACUUUACAUUAUUUUACUGUAUAGUAGAUGCAUGUCAUAUUUUUUUGGUAAAAAACGCUUAUUUGGUACAUUUUUCUUGACAAGGUUCUCAGCAUUCUUGUUUUCUUUUCCAGGUGCAACGGGCACUGGACAGGAAACAAACGAAGCACGGGAUCCAACGAACAACAUUGAGGAAGCUAUGUACAGACACCCUAUUAGCAUAGGCAGACAGACCAGCAGGCUCUCGAUCAAGCCGCUCGGAAGAUUUUUUUCACCCAUCAGGGAACCAUCGAGAUUUUUUUACUUCCGGCUGGUCAUGUCUUAGGGUCCUCACAAACCCACUAGGGGGGGAGUGAGCUGUAGCGGUAAAUAAUUCCCCAAAAUUAUUAACCACAGCAAUCAUCACUCAACAUUGGAUGCUGACCACCACUGUUUAAGUCGACUUGUUUAGCUGAAGGCUUACGGUCAAGCAUCCCCGCCAUUUGGUGCUCUUCGUCGUGUCACGUGCGUGCACGAUUACUAGCUAGCUAAGCAUUCAUUCCUACCCGCGAUUUGGUCCCAAAAUAUAUAUCGUAUUUGGACGACAAAAUCUGGUCUUUUGCUUUACCAUUUGGUACUCGAAGAACGAACACUAUAGUGGUUGUUGGUAUAAGAUCUUGCGUUAGUAUAAUCCGUACAACACGCGAACGU